AGUCAUAUUGACGGGUCUUCUACAGCACCUAGAGAUGGAAAGGAAAUUAGUCAAUGGGAGGCAAAGGAUGCUAGAAUUAUUUCUUGGAUUCUAGCAUCUAUUGAAGCUCAUAUGGUGAACAAUUUACGCUCCUUUAAUACAGCAAAGGAGAUGUGGGAUCAUUUGAAGCGUGUAUAUCAUCAAGAUAAUACAGCAAGAAGAUUUCAGCUUGAAUUGGAAAUUAGUACAUGUAGCCAAGGUAAUCUCUCUAUUGAGCAGUAUUAUUCUGGAUUUCUUAAUUUAUGGAGUGAAUACUCUGGUAUAAUCUAUUCUAAGGUACCAAGCGAAGCCUUAGCCGGUAUUCAAGCGGUUCACGAAGAUAGUAAGCGUGACCAGUUUCUAAUGAAACUGAGGCCUGAAUUUGAGGCGAUUAGAGCUGGAUUGUUAAAUAGAAACCCAGUUCCUUCUUUAGACGUAUGUCUUGGUGACUUGUUGCGAGAAGAACAGAGAAUGGCUACACAAACUAUCAUAGGUACAUCAAAGGAGAUAUCUGAAGUUGUCAAUAUUGCCUAUGCUGCUCAAGGGAAGAAUCGCGGAAAGGGACAAGUACAGUGCUAUAGUUGCAAGGAACUUGGGCAUAUUGCACGCAAUUGUGGAAAGAAAUUUUGCAAUUAUUGUAAGCAAACUGGACACAUUAUCAAGGACUGUCCUACACGCCCUGAGAAUCGAAGAGUCCAAGCCUUUCAAGGUGCUGUCCAAGACUCUAACACUAUUGGUUCUACAUCCACAGCCACAACACUUACUCCAGAAAUGGUUCAACAAAUGAUUCUUUCAGCAUUUUCUACUCUUGGACUUCAAGGUCAAGGACCAGGUGUCGGGGAAGGUGAUCGCGAAGGGGCCUAAAGUGGGCAGACUAUUUCCUUUGCAAUUUUCAGUUCCAAGUAGUUUGUCUUUGGCUUCUAUGGUUGUUGACAAUAAAGUUGAAGUAUGGCAUCAACGAUUGGGUCAUCCAAAUAAUGUCAUUUUAUCUCAUUUAAUAAAGCAUGAUUUUCUGGGGAGCAAGGAUCAGUGUUUUAAUCAUAAAUUGUCUUUUGAUUGUUCUACUUGUAGACUAGGGAAAAGUAAAAUAUUACCUUUUCCUAGUCAUGGUGGUCAUGCUAAUACAAGUUUUGAGAUCAUUCAUAGUGAUGUUUGGGGUAUUACUCCUGUUGUUUCACAUGCACAAUAUAAAUAUUUUGUGACAUUCAUUGAUGACUAUAGUC